CGCUUUUAUUUACUUGUUAUCCGCUCUAUAACACAGUUACAGUGCUAUUGUACUGUAUAGUGCUCUAAACCGCAGUGUUCAGUUCAGUUUACUGCGGAACCUCUGAAGAGGCAGUUCAGCCGGACUGUGGAGUAAAGGCGCUUCUCCGCGGACUGAGAGCUGCUGCUGCUGCUGAGUUUCCUCGCGCCUGUCUGCAGCAGCUCGGCCGGACCUCGCGUGUGAGUUGAACACGGAGGGUGUUCUGAUCUUCCCGGCGCUCGUGCACUGCGUCGUCUCCCGCUGUGAGUGCUGGGGACUGCUGCGUUCUGACCGGGAGCACCGCGAACCGGGAGUCUGUUGUCAUGGCUACUGAGGACGCCAUCUCCGCGAGCUCUAUGUGAACCAAAUGAAAUUAUUCUCCUGAAAUUCAUCACCAACAACCAGGAUAUUUAACUAAGAGCAAUGUUAAACUGCUGAAAGAGGUGAAGCACAAGCCGUCCAGAAGAAUCUCCAGAACACGCAGAAAUUGUUUGCUACGUUUAACAGACAAAUGAAGCCAAGUCCCGACAUGGAGCAACAUCAGCACUCUGUCAAGAGUUUUACUAAACAGAGUGAUCUCAAAAAACACCAGCGCAUUCACACAGGAGAGAAACCGUAUCAAUGCUCAGACUGUGGGAAGAGUUUUAAUCUACAGAGUACUCUCAAAAUACACCAGCGCAUUCACACAGGAGAGAAACCGUAUCACUGCUCAGACUGUGGGAAGAGUUUUAAUCAACAGGGUCAUCUCAAAAAACACCAGCGCAUUCACACAGGAGAGAAACCGUAUCACUGUUUAGACUGUGGAAGGAGAUUUACUGCACAGUGUCAUCUCAAAAUUCACCAGCGCAUUCACACAGGAGAGAAACCGUAUCACUGUUUAGACUGUGGAAGGAGAUUUACUGCACAGAGUAAUCUCAAACUGCAUCAGCGCAUUCACACAGGAGAGAAACCGUAUCACUGCUCAGACUGUGGGAAGAGUUUUACCGAACAGAGUACUCUCAAAAACCACCAGCGCAUUCACACAGGAGAGAAACCGUAUUACUGCUCAGACUGUGGGAAGAGUUUUACUCAACAGAGUAAUCUCCAAAAUCACCAGCGCAUUCACACAGGAGAGAAACCAUAUUACUGCUCAGACUGUGGGAGGAGUUUUACUCAACAGAGUAAUCUCCAAAAUCACCAGCGCAUUCACACGGGAGAGAAAACUCCAUCUCAAAUCAGUUUCAAGGCAAUUAAAAGCACCAAUUCUAAGUCUUUCAGACAGAACACCUUAUCCUACACAAAUGUUUCACUUUGUCACUUGGGACACGUUCCACCAGAAACAAACAUGAGCUGAAUUUAACAAUGGAUUUUACAGGUUCAGCAAAAUGAAUCUUACCCAGGGAUGAUGUUUAUUGAAUUCCAUUUUAUGUUUUCUUAUAUGUUCGAUAUUCCAGAACAUUCUUCGUGAGACAGAGCUCAGUUUUAGGGUAGUUACAAUUACUGAAGAAUGGAAAAAAACUUAGUCUUUAAAAUUUAGAUGUGAUAGUUAGAGUAGGAUUCUUAGCUGACAACUAAACGUUUAGGACCAAAUCUUCAGAGCUUAUGAUUUGAAUGCUUUUAAUCUCCUUUCUAGUUUAUGCAGAUUAGAUUAUUUCUAUUCAUUUCUAGUAUCUCUGUUUUCACUCUGUGGAAUCUGUCCUCAGUUCCCCAGGCUUAGCAUAGCGUAGCUUAAUGCUAUUAACUGCUAGGCCCAUCUGUAUGAAAGAAGAAGUGAAAACACCAGCUGAGAAACUCCAGAGAGUGCUCCCAAAAGUGAGACCGGAGGAGAAUCCAGACCCCACAGAGAG